UGACUAAAGACUAGCUUGUAUAUAUUUAUUGAUUUUCUUCUUUUUUUAGCGUAAAAGAAAAAGUAAGUUUCUUUUGUUAUCUUGUGGUAACAAUCUCAUGGUGCAGUUAUAAAAGUAUAUUAUAUCAAAGUCUGUCUGUCUGGCUGGCUGGCUGGCUGGCUGGCUGGCUGGCUUGCACGCAAAAUGGUAUCGAAAGUUGCGAUACGCACGCAAUGAGGUAUUAAAUGAACGGGCAAACCUGUGAAUAUUUUCACGGGCCACCGACUAGUCGUAUAUAUUAUUAUUUAGUUCCUGCUCCUGUAACACGGAAGAAGAAGAAAUCAAGAAAAGAUGUCGAAACCUCUAGAGCUUACAUGAACGCAAGAGCUAUUGAAGUCCAGCGAGAGAAGGAGAAGAGACAAUACGAUGCGCUCAUCCCUUGUGCUUAUUUUAAAAAACACGGUGAAUGCCAUUAUGGUGAUGAAUGUCGCUUCUCACAUAACGUGCAGGUCGAGAAAAGGAUGGAUUGUUGUAAAUUUUACAUCGUCGGUGCUUGUAUCAACGGUGAAAAAUGCUUGUAUUAUCAUCAUGAGUGGCCGUGUAAGUUUUUCCACUCAAAGGGUUACUGCAAAGCUGGCGAAGAAUGUAAGUUUUCACAUGCAGAAAUCACAAAUGAAGAAAUGAAGAAAGUUUUUAUGGAUCAAGUUGCACACCAAGACUCGAUGAGAAACAUAGACCAAAACGUAACGCAAGGUGCUCCUUAUAUACCAACCAACCAAAUACCCAAACAAAAAGAAGAAAUCGAAGAUGGUCUGGAAAAGAAUAAACUUGGACAAGAGAUGACACAAAAUAGUGUUGAAAAUCAAAGUAAAAGAGAAGAAGAGAAUAAAACUGAGGGCUUUCAAUUUCCGUCCUUAUAUUACGAGCUGCCUUAGCAUCUGAUAUUACAGAGAAAGGAGAUAUAGUAUGAGCCUUUUGUCAAAUUUGGUGUCCCAGUUACAAGAAACAAUCAAAUAUGGAUGCAGCUCAACAUUCGUAAGAAGAGAACAUCAUAUUAUUGCAGAGCAAGCUGUGGUUAGGUUUAAUUAACUCGAAUAGUAAUUUGUGCGCUCACACGUGUCCGACACACGUGUGAGCGCAUAAAAAGGAUAACAUCGAAAUAGUUCCGCGACAAAUUAUAUAAAUAUACGACAGUAAAUGUUUGAUGAAAACCUAGCUACAAAACAAAUUAAAUUUACAAAA